GUUGUACUGGUGAGUAUUGGUGGAGCAGCUCCAGGUGAGAUACUUGGGUUUGACGUUAUAUCAAGGAAUCAGAGCAGCGCGUACGGCAAGUGAUAUUCAACGUUUUCUUUAUUGAGGUAACUGUACGACUCAUUGACAGCAAGCACAAUGGACUUUCUUGAUCGGAAUAUCAACUUUAAUGCUCUUGUCAAGUUUUCACACAUUUCUCAAUCAACACAGCAGCACCUGAAGCGGGUAUAUUCCAGUUUUGCAAUCUGUAUGUUGAUUGCUUCUGCAGGCGCCUAUGUGAAUGUGGUCCUCAGAUUCAUGCAGGGCAGUUUUCUGUCUGUCAUAGGCUCACUGGGCAUGAUGAUGUGGCUCAUGUUCACUCCCCACAGCCCUGAGAAUGAGAAGAAACGCUUGGCUAUCUUGGCUGGAUUUGCUUUCUUUUCUGGUGUUGGUUUGGGUCCUGCAUUAAAUCUCUGCAUAGCUGUUAAUCCUAGCAUCAUCCCUACUGCCUUCCUUGGCACCGCUGCCAUCUUCACCUGCUUCUCUCUCAGUGCCCUGUAUGCUCGGAGACGUAGUUUUCUGUUCCUGGGAGGUGCCCUGAUGUCUGCUUUGAGCAUACUUCUUCUUUCUUCCUUGGCGAAUAUGUUUUUUGGAUCUGUUUUGCUUUUCAAAAUGCACAUGUACAUUGGUCUCCUAGUCAUGUGUGGUUUUGUCUUGUUUGACACUCAGCUUAUUAUUGAGAAAGCUGAACAUGGGGACAAGGAUUAUGUCUGGCACUGUGUGGAUUUGUUUUUGGAUUUUAUCACCAUCUUCAGGAAGCUAAUGAUAAUCCUGGCUAUGAAUGAGAAGGAAAAGAAGAAAGAAAGGAAGUGAACAUGACUGCCCAAUUUUCCUCCUGAUAUUCUUUUGGGUUUUCAUCCUUUUCUUCUGGUGGCUUUGUGUGCUAUGGUAUAAUGGAAAGCUUGGGAAUCGCUUUAAACUUUGUACAUUUUGUUAUAUGAGCUUUCUCUCUUCCCUUGAUCUCUGGUGUUUUGCUGAUUUUUCAAGGGGCUUCAUUUUUCUCUUUUCCCACCAUCUGAAAAGUACACCUUGUUGCAGUGACUCACAAGUUCAGUCCUCAAGAACCACAUAUACUUGCCGAUGAUUCCAAGUUUCUAAAUUAGUGUGAUAUUUUAUUUUUAAAUAAAAAAAAAAAAAACUAUAUGGCCGGUUUGUGGUGCUUAAGGAUCUCACUACUUUGAACUUGCUAUAGAGUUUUUCCUGAUCAUAUAAUAACCUCUACCUAAUGUAACAUUCCCUCUGUGGCAUAAACCCUUUCUUUCUCUGGCAGUACACAUUGGUUCCUUGACUUUGAAACCCUUUCCAUAUCUGCAGCACUUUGAUUCUUGGAACCUAGCCCAUUUUGGCAGAUAAACAGUUUGCUCACCAGCACCACAAAUAUUUUUCUGAAAGACCCUAAUAUUGAAGGAUUACUCUUGGACUGAAAAUGCUUAGUGCAAUGUGGUGUUCCUCAGGGAUUACUUCUUCUGCGAUCACCUGUUAUUCUACCACUUUUACUGGGGUUAUUAGAUUUAGAGCACAUCUCUUUAACUGAUCAAGAUAAAUGGAAAACAGGAGGCCCAGUCUGCUUGCUGCAUAUGAGCUAGAUCAAGAUUAGUAGCCAGGCGCUGCUUGUAGGACCUUCUGUUUCUGCUAAGUCUUCAUUUGAGAUCAAUAUUAACCCAAUUAUUAAGUUGCUGUUUCAUGAAGGAAGUAAACCUGUGUUAAAAGCACUAGAUAAAUAUCCGCUAAUGUUCCCUACUCGCCAUCUUUUCUCCCUCUUUUGGCACCCUCUGUAUUUUAAGGUCAUCUGUUAAGAUCAGGAUUGCAACAAGAAGCAUAUCUCGUAUAACAAAAGUGCGAGUUAAAUCCCCCCCCUUGCAAAAAAAAAGUGUUUACAGGCCGCAGCUAUUUGUAGAUGUUUUAUAGACCUGUAUUAUAUGGAUAAUUAGGUAAGUUUAUUUUACAUAGGAGCAGCAUCUCAUUGCGUAUGCUCCUGCAACAGAGAAAAGACCCUGCAACAACCUCUUUAAGACAUUUUUGAGGAAAAAAAACACUUUCUUUAACCCCUUGGCUGCCAGAAAGGGUUGUAAUGUAGCAAAUUGCACUCAGACAGCCAAUUUCUAUUGUUUGGAUUUUACUAACACAAGGAUCCAUCGUUUCCAGCAUUUUACCCAUGAAGCCAUAGAUGGGAAGAGGUUAAGGUCUGAGGCUGUGUGCAGGAGUUUGGAUUAUAAAGUGUUAUUUGUCCCCGCUGUUCCUUCUCCCUUAACUUUUUGCAUGCUUUUAGGGAUCCCGCAAGCUGCUUUAGAAACAGUGCCAAGAAUUACCCUGAAGGAAAUAAAAUCUAUGUGAAAAAAAUGUCUAACAAGUUUUCAUAAUCACUUUAUUUUAUAGUGCAGUGAUUAACUGAUUACAUAUAUAACUCCAACUGUGAAGACUGGGAGAAUUUUGAUUAUAUAAAAAUAUUAAUAUGUACAAAUGGAAUAAACUGUACUAAAAUAAACAGAA